ACAUUAUUAAUUUAUUUUACAAGACCCCAAUCAACUCAAAAUCUGGCUAGGCCACCGAACACACCCGCCUCAUAUUAUUGUGGGCUCGAUUGUCAUAGCAAGUGAAUUGGCAAAACUUUUCCAAUUUUGUGAAAGGAAUCAACUGGACUGGGCUAUCCGUGACAUAGUGUGCCCAUUUCUUUAACCAACAAGGUUAAAUCAAAUUCGGUCCAAUUUUAUUUUGGGUCGCUAAGUCUCCCGAAAGUUAGAAAAAAGCCCACUACUCAAUCUGCGUAGCUCAAACCCAAACUUGUGGUCCAGUUUUUCUUGUUCACGAAGUCGGUCGUCACCUAGAACCGCCGAGCACCGGAAAUCGCUUAGAAACCCAGAGACCGCGACAGCCAAACUAGAUCGCUGUUCACUAACUUAGUGGAAGACGAACGAUGGAAUUCAUAACCCAACCUGGCAAACAGCCUCAGCCAGAUUGCUCCACCCUGGUUCUGCCGGCAUUGUCAAUUGGGAACGUAGGACAGUUAGCAGUGGAUCUACUGGUGUCGUCUACUGGAGCUGAGAGAAUUGGGUAUUUGGAUGAUCCCUACACCCUUCCUUGUGUUGGUAAUGAUGCUUAUGGCCCCGUUCCUUCCGGGGACCUAGCUCUCCCUCUUGAAGCUUAUCAAUCACCUGCCAAUGCAAUGACUCUUGUGCAGCAGCGAUCCCCGGUUGUUAAGGGGAUGAUGGUUGAAUACGCCAAGAACAUGGCUGAGUUUGCUGCUGCCAGUGGGAAGAAGCAUGUUGUUAUUCUUUCUAGCUUAGAAUUUGCAAGAUGGCAAAGGAUCGAUAUGUCAAGUGGGUUGCAGAUAUACUACCUCUCUAGCUCAAACACAGAUGGAACAGAUGAUUCUUGUGCACAACUCGGGUGGCGAAGGCUGCAGGAUUAUGAUCCUACACAGAGAUCUUGGAAUUACCUCAGCAGCUUGGCUCAAGGCAGCACCAUGCAGGAAAGCACCUUGCCUUUUGAAGAUGAACCAGAAGAAGAAGAUUAUUGCGCAAGUCUACCUUUCGCUGCUCUGUUUUCCUGUUUGAAGGCGAAAGGUUUGAAAGUCACAUGCAUAUUAUGUUACUGUUCUGAGGGAGACAACAUGGCCGAUUCUUUUGAGUUAGCCGAGGCAGCAUCCAAGCUGCUGCAACUAAAACCUGAUAAUUUCAUAGGCGGGGAUGAUAGCAAGUGGCGCAUCCCGUUUUCGUGGAAGACUGUGUACGGACCACCUCCAGAUUUGUCCAUGUUUUAGUCGUGUCGUGCGGUGGUAGACAUGCAAUGCUUUCAUCAGGAAGGAAAAGCCAAGGAGAACAUAGAAGACUUUUUUAUAUUCAUAAAAAAAAAAAAAAAACAUAGAAAACUUUUUACGGAUGCGGCAUGUUCGGAUUGUUCUCACAAUCCCAUGUUUCUGGAUCCUGUCAGGCUGCCACGGUCGUGUGGAGUUUAUGAAGUAGAAUCUGUACUCUGUUCUUGUACUACUUCUGUCAAAGCGUAAUGUACCUCUUUCACGCCAAUGACUAGUUAUUCAACGGUCCAUAGUUCUUCAUGUUGGAGACAGAAUGAAGGCAAAAGACCAAGGACCAAAUUUCACCUUUGGGCGUGAGUUAAUUCUUGAUCAAUACAAUCUAGUCCCCCCAACUUCGAACUACACACUUUUACGUCAGUUUUUUACAACUGAUUUACAUGGCUAUAUAUCUUUUAAUUGAACAGGUAGAUAACAAUAUUUCAUGAAUUCAUGAAGAACCUAUUUCUCCUAUGCAAACAGCAAAAGUUUUUUUUUUUUUUUCCGUUGAAUCAAAGUUUAAAAAUUUU